AUGCGCAACAGCGAGCCGCGGCAGCAGCGAAAGCGGUCGCGUGAGGGAGACGUGGGCACGGACGUGGCGGACGCUGAGCUGCCGCCGCCGCCGACGACGCAGUCGCCGCAGGAGAAGAAGGGCGUCGCGUGCCACUCCCCGCUGAAGGGUGGCGCCGCCGCCUCCGUGGAGAAACCCGCCGACGGUGGCGUCGGCGACGGCGACAGCGACUGCGUUUGUGUGCCCGCGCCGAGCACCUCCUGCGGUGGCGGUGCGGCUGGGCCGCCGCACGAGCGGAAGCUGCGGCAGGUGACGCUCGCCUCCUUUGGGCUCGUCGCUGACGUCUCGCUCUUCAAGAAGGAGAUCGCGGACCGCGACGCGCAGAUCGACGAGUUGCGGGAGCGGCUGUCGGCGGCGGAGGCGAAGGCGGCGGCGGCGGAGGGGGCGCUUGCAUCCGCCGAGGCGCAGCUGCGGCAGGUGACGGACCGCGCGGAGCACUACCAGCGCGUGCUGCGGGAGGAGAUGCUGCGCACGGCGCGCCAGGCGAAGAGCGACGCCCGGCGGGCGCUGCACCAGAGGCACUUUGAGCUUGGCCAGAUUGCGAUGUGGCACAGCGGCGGCCGCGAGGUGUGGGUGGAGGGCAACACCCCGAGGGAGCUCAUCAUGCAGCUGGAGGAGCUGUCGUCCCGCCGCGACGAGGUGGAGGAGCUGAAGAAGGCGGCGGAGAAGCGCGUCCGGCAGCUGCUGCGCAGCAGCGACGAGGACUCCAUGACGCCGGAGACGCAGAACGCGCUGGUGGAGUCGCAGGAGGCGCUGCAGCUGUACGUCUCGGAGUUUGCCGCACUGGGCGGCAGCAUACAGGCGCUGCGGCAGCGGCGGCAGGAGCUGGACCACGAGAAGAAGGCCUUCCUGAAGGAGAUACGCCGCGUGAGCGACGAGGAUGCCUCGGAGUUCAUGGCCGUCCCGGCCCUUGGGCAGGGGCAGCGGUACGUGCUGAUGCACCUCCUCGGCAAAGGCGGCUUCUCGGAGGUGUGGAAGGCGUUUGACCUGCAGGAGGCGCGCUACGUGGCGUGCAAGAUUCACCGCAUGCAGCGCGAGUGGUCGGCGCAGACGCGCCUGCACUACCGCCGGCACGCCGACCGCGAGCUGGCCAUCAUGCGCACCCUGCAGCACCCGCACCUCACGCGCCUCUACGACGAGUUUGAGCACGGCGAGGCGAUGUUCGUCUCCGUCAUGGAGUACAGCCGGGGGAACGACCUCGACACGCACCUCAAGCGGCACGGCUGCAUGCGGGAGACGGAGGCGCGGCUGAUCCUGCUGCAGGUCGUCAGCGCCCUGCGCUACCUGGCGGCGCAGGAGCAGCCGAUCAUCCACUACGACCUCAAGCCCGCGAACAUUUUGUUUCACUCGAGCAACGCGAGCAGCCUGGAGAUCAAGAUCACGGACUUCGGCCUCAGCAAGCUGAUUCAGAGCCGCGACGGGCCGUGCGACAACCCGACGAUCGAGCUCACCUCGCAGGGCACGGGGACGUACUGGUACCUGCCGCCGGAGUGCUUCGACACCGCGGCCACGCCCCGCAUCAGCAACAAGGUGGACGUGUGGUCCUGCGGCGUCAUUUUUUACCAGAUGCUCUUCGGCAGACGCCCCUUCGCCGAGGGCGAGUCGCAGCGGCGCAUCUGGCAGGACAAACUCAUCGUCUCCUCCGCCCGCACCCUGCGCUUCCCCGACACGCCGCGGGUCUCGCAGGAGGCAAAGGAUCUUAUGCAGAAGUGCCUCGAGUACCACCCCACCGACCGCUACGACGUGCCGCAGCUCGCCCAGGACCCGUACCUGCAGCGCACCUCGCGGCGUGCGACGCGCAGCGAGCGGUCGCUGCCACCGGCGCCUCAACCGGCCGCGGCGGAGGCGAGGGCCAGCGCCGCCCCCGCAACGGCGCCGUAA